GGGGCCCAGUAAAAGCCCGUUGGGAAUUGCAUAACAGGAAAACUGAAAAUUUUUUACCCUUUUGGUCAGUACAAGAAAGGGAACAAGUUAAUCCCUUGCAUUUGAUACUGUUUGAGGCAAGAGUGAAGAAAGCAUGAGCGAAAGGCAAGAGUGAAGAAAGCAUGAGCGAAAGGCAAGAGCUUCAGUUGGAUCAGCAGAUUCAGUCGCCUCAGGGUUCAAGAGAAGACAUGAUUUCGUUGGUGGUGGCGUUGGAGACGGCUUUGCUGCCGUGCUUGCCCGCCAGAGAGCUUCAAGCUAUCGACCGUUCUCCCCACCCUUCUCAUCAGAUUGAUGUGGAGAGACAUGCUAGAGAUUUCAUGGAGGCUGCCAAGAAGCUCCAGUUAUACUUCAUUGGCCUGCAACGUGAGGAUCAGCCAACCAGGGCUGAAAUGCUGAGAAAAGAAAUUGCCACAAUGGAAGAAGAGUUGAAGGUAAAGUCUGAGGUCAUCAAGAAUCAAGAGAGACUGAUCCAGGGUUGGAGGAAGGAUUUGACAGACCAACUGGACAAACACAAUACUGAACUGCAGAGGGUGUAGUUGAUUAGCUGUAAGGAUGUACUGAUCUCUUAGGUUAUUUUGUUUGAGAUUGGUUUGAGUCAGGAUCUUACUUUACUACCAAUCAUGUUUCUUGGUUGUGGUUGUAUUUUCUUUGCUGCUUGUGUAACUGCUGAAAGCACAAUUACUUCAAAUCGAUAUACAAAGUUUGAUCAUUGAUGUGAAUGCUGCUGGGCAAUCAAAUGAGUGAUACUUGUCUAAUUGAUGGCUAUUAGAGAACCAUCAAUUCACUUUUCUGAUUUGGAACCACGGCAAAGGUAAGCAUGGACUGCUUCAACCACGGAAAUGAUGUUGAUGCAUCUGCCUUGGUAUGAAAGUGGAAAACCUAGCAGCACCCGCAAUGUGUCUAAUCAUUAUAGCGCAGAAGUGAUAGAUAACAACAGCCCUUCAAGUUUGUGCAUCAGAGCAUUCUCUUUUUUAGUAGGGUAGGCCAUCAUCUUUUUACAACCCUGA